AUGGGCCACAGCCCCCUCUCACAGCCCUUUGUCUCAAAAUGGGCGUCGAGGUAUCGCGGGGCCACAGUAGAGGACCUCGACCCGCCCGCCGCCCUCUCCCUCAACCCGUCCGACACCGUCUCCCUCGCCCUCCUGUCGGCGUUCGAGCGCGACUACACGCACCUCACCGUCGUCGACGCCUCGACGCGCGCCCUCCUCGGCUACGUCUCGAUCCCGCAGCUGCAGGCCAUGCUCGACUCCGGGCGGGUGCGGCCCGAGGACGAGGUCCGCAGCGCCGUGACGCGCUUCCAGCGCAAGGGCAAGAAGUUCCACCUCAUCACGCUGCAGACCCCGCUCGAGGACCUCGAGUGCUUCUUCGAGGGCGGCGUCACGGGCCAGAAGCAGGAGUUCGCCGUCAUCACCGACGAGCGCAGGAGGUUCGUCAUUGGCGUCGCCACGGUGCAGGACCUCGAGGAGUUUGUCAAGAGGAGACCGGCGUGA